CCCAAAGGCUGCGGCUGCGGGCGCCACGCGACAGGCAGGAGUCCGUCCGGCAGACGCACUCUGGGCCCGCCUCUUCCUCCUCUUCUUCCUCCGCUCGGACCGGAAGCCCCGAGGAGCACAUCCGGGUCCUUUCUCUUCACGGCCUUCCACAGCCCGCUCAGGGGAAGAAACCGACCAAUCAGAGCCUCCGGCGCAUCCUUUUCCGGGUUCUUCACGAAAACCCCUCCCGCCGCCACGCGCCCCCUGCCGGAAGAGGCGGGGCCUCCGCGGGUCCUUUCGGAGCGCUGUGCCGGAAGUGCCGGUCUCCGUUGGCAACGAGGCCCGGGCAAAGAUGGGGCGCCGGAAGUCAAAACGGAAGCCUCCGCCCAAGAAGAAGAUGACUGGCACCCUGGAAACUCAGUUCACCUGCCCCUUCUGUAACCACGAGAAAUCCUGUGAUGUUAAAAUGGACCGAGCUCGGAACACUGGGGUGAUAUCUUGUACAGUCUGCCUGGAGGAAUUUCAGACCCCAAUCACAUAUCUCUCAGAACCUGUGGAUGUUUACAGUGACUGGAUAGAUGCUUGUGAGGCGGCCAAUCAGUAGCAGAGACUGGAGAAGAACGUGCCAGGAGUUAGCAGCGUUUCUGAAUUUGGACGUGGGGGUUUUGUGAUAUUAAUGCAUUGAGGAUCCAGCUGGUGUGGUUUGGAGAUGGUGGUUCUUGUUUAUUUCUGUCGAGGGAUUCAGUCACUUCUCACCGAUUCCCCCGACGUGGAGGGAAUAAAGACCAUCCGUACAGGAUUGACAAGGCUGUGGCCUGCUGAGGGCCAGGGCACCGCUGCAUUCAUCUCAGUGGGACGUUCCAUUUGGGGCUUCCACUCCUUCGCAGCGACAGCGCACAAAGCGCCAUCUCCCUUGUUGACAUGAUUCAACACUCAGAGAAGAAUAAUAAACAAAACCAGCACCUGAGAUAAUCCCCUCCUCGUCGCAAGUAUAAUUUCUUUAGCCUUUUUCCAUUCCAGUUUCUUUUUCUUCAGGUGCAGUGCUGUGCUUAGACAUUACAGGGAAUUGGGGGUUGUGGGGUGGCAGCAUGGUGGGGUGGCAGCAUGCUCUCUGGGGGUUCCUUCUGUUCUCCUGUAUGAAUUUGAACCAGAACUCUUUGGCUUAGCAUCCCAAGCAGAUCUGGCUCCUCCCUAGCAGUUCAGACUGUGAAAGGCCUGUCUUGACAGUAAAUUACGGGUCCACUUGCGUUAUCUCAGAAAUUUCCCACAUUCUCUGUUUUAGAUGUCACGGUUUUAAAUGGGGGAGCGGGGCAGGGGGAAGAGAGAAUUGGCCCUCUCAUUAAAGAACUGCUUUAUAUCAAAGUACUUAUUUAAAAGUACUUUUGUCACUGAUAACUCUGCUAGGUCUUGUCUGUUGCUGGUUAUGGGUGUGUGUGAAUAGUUUGUCAUCACUAUACAAUAAAGGUCUUUGUGCCGGAACACCAACUUGUCAUAGCACUGAGAGAUUUUGUCUUACGAAUGAUGAGGAGAUGCUGGUGUGUAACACAGGUGGGUGGUUAUAACAGCAUGUUGUCAAAUACCUUCUAAAUAUUUGCAUUUUGUUUUGACUCUUCUUGACAGACUUGUAAGCAUGGAAUGAGCCAGCUCUCUGUGCAAGAAUGAUUUACUUACUUUGCCGCUUUGGAGACUGGCCAUGAGCGGCUUCUCUCUCUGACUCUGCAGCUGCGUCUGACUCCCUGACUGUGGGUUUCUGAUGCUGAGCCUGGCUGUCAAAGAUGGUGUCACGCGUUGCCGGCUCAGGUGGCUUUUGGGGCUCUCCUUGGGUAGUGAUUGCCACCCCUUGUGUCCUUUCCCGGAUGGCAAAUGCUGCCUUGUCCAGUCCCCCAUCUUGGGGAGCUUGCAUUCCAUGUUCAUUGUUGGUGUGCUUGAGGAUCAAUAAAUACCCUCCAGAAAA